UUCACGCUCGUCAAAGCACGGUGGAGUGGCAAUUCACGCUGUACAGAAGAGUUUUGUACCAGAACUAGGUUGUGACGAGAUCGUCGUGCAAUCUUUAACGCUAGUUACUAGAUGUCAGUUUGCCCUUGAUUGCAAGGUUGUGAAGCCAGAAACACGUGGUUAACUUGUAAGCAACAAAAAGGUGGUUUAGGAAGCCGACAAUUUCGUUAAGUGGUGAGAACUAUGCCAGACUUGGUUUUAGUUUAUAUUUGUUUGUACUUAGCAACAUAUGUCGCCAUUAUUUGACGACAUUUGAAAUAUCCGAUUUUAACAUAAAUAAUAGAGUUUGGAUUAAUACAUGGACAUCUUUUUAUCGCGUAAUAUCGGAUGAUCUUAACGAUGACAGGAAUUAACAGAUGAAACGAAACGUAACGGUGAAAAUUCAGGUGGUGUUAUUAAAGUAAAAAUGACGUAAACAAUUUUGUGUUGAGUAUUUGUAAAAAAAAAAAAUGUCACUCUCAAUUUCCUCACCCUCACCAGCUCUACUUAUCUUACAAGAUAUUAGUCAUUAAACUUUUAGAAUCAUUCGCUACACUACCCAAAAGUUACCUACCUUCAUUCAGCAUUAACAUUUUAGGAACGAAAUGGAGACCGUCUUGACAGUUACAGCUAUUUUGAUGGCAUUUCUUCUAAUCGGUGAGAGCCACCGUAUAGAGAAACGGAGCCCUACUUUUGUAUACGAACCUCCGAGUCAGGUUGAGUUCUCGAAUUCCACGGGUACGGUGAUACCCUGUUCAGUUAGAGGUACCCCCACCCCUAUGGUGAGGUGGGAGAUCGGAGGCGGAACCCCAGCUAAAGAUAUCCGGGGGCUACGGCAUGCUCGCCCUGAUGGAUCACUUGUGUUUUCUCCAUUUCCAGCGGCUGAAUACAAACAAGAUGUUCAUUCAGCAGUAUACCGUUGUGUUGCCAGUAAUACGGUCGGUAGCAUAACCAGCAGGGACAUCCAUAUUCGAGGAAUUGUUAAUCAACAUUAUACAAUCGAAGUGUAUGACAAGUUUGUUAACGCUGGGAGCACAGCAGUUUUAUACUGUCAUAUACCUGAGCAUGUGAAAGACUUCGUCACAGUAACAUCAUGGACUGAGAAACCAACUGGAACCGUUAUCCAACCUUCAAGUGUGAUGGGCGCCAGUGGACGGUACGUCAUGUUUCCUACUGGUGAACUACACGUCAGAAGUGUUGACACGAGCUAUUCUUAUCGCGAAUACUCUUGUCAAGCAAGACACCGGCUUGUCGGAGAAGUGCUCACUAGCGCCACCUCGGGAAGACUAAUUGUUAGAGAGCCACACAACAAAGCACCGCCCCAGAUAACAGAUUCCAAAUCUCACCUAAUUGCGAGAGAAGGAGAGCUUGUAGCAUUGCCAUGUGUUGCCCAGGGUUACCCGGUUCCUAUAUAUUACUGGUUAAAAGAAGAAACGGAUGGAGCGUACCCUGUGUCAACUGGUCAGCGUAUUACCCAAUUAGAUGGCUCUUUGGUAAUACAUCAGCCGAAAGAUGAUGACAGUGGAACGUAUAUUUGCAUAGCCAACAAUAGUUUAGGUCAGGACCGAAUCAGUACGGAAUUACAUGUAUACGCUCCUUUGAGUGCAAGCAUCACUCCCACUCGUCAACUAGUGCACCUUGGAAGACCUGUUUCUAUUAACUGUACAUUAUUAGGUUAUCCCAUUCAUUCAGUAACUUGGAAGAAAGACAGCACUCUAAUAACGACAUCUAGUGGACGAAUCAUGACAAACUGGAACCGUCUACAAAUUUACAGCGUUUUGCGAGAAGACGCGGGAGUGUACCAAUGUUUUGUAUACAACAAUAUGGAGUCAGCUCAAACAGCUACCGAAUUAACACUAGGAGAUGACACUCCUGAAUUCCAGGAUACAUUCCGCGAAAUGAAACUCCAUCCGGGCUCUCUCAUUUCUCUCAAGUGUAUGGCUACUGGAAGCCCUCUACCACAAAUCACCUGGCAGCUGGACGGUGUUCCUCUUCCCGAAAGCCAUCGAAUUCGUCUUGGUGAUUAUGUGACACCAGAUGGCGCUGUAGUGAGUUAUGUUAACAUUUCAAACUCUCGAAUUGAAGACGGCGGUGAAUACGAAUGUAAUGCUAACAAUGGCGUUGGUUCCAUCAGUUAUUCUUCCCGUGUUAACAUACUAGGUCCACCAGUGGUGAGACAGAUGAGGAACAUUACAGUAGUAGCUGGAGAAGUCUUGGUUAUGAAAUGUCCAGUAGGAGGCUAUCCUUUAGAAGCUGUCCAAUGGGAAAGAGCUGGUGUUCGGCUUCCUUACAAUCAUCGUCAGAAAGUCCACAAGAACGGAACUUUAGAAGUGCAUCAUGUAGAGAGGGCGACAGAUGAAGGUCCUUACACGUGUGUAGCUAGAAAUAAAGAAGGUCAGAGCGCUGAUAGCACUGCAUUUGUGAAAGUACAGGUGAAACCGUUCAUCGAACCCUUUACUUUCCCAAGAACCCUAAAAGAACAACAACGCUCAUCUGUUGUGUGCACCGUUAGCAGUGGAGACCUGCCCAUUAAGAUCCGCUGGUUUAAAGAUGACCAACCCAUCACGGAGAACCACGGAAUUCUCAUUAAAGAAGUGGUAGAAUAUACGUCUCACCUGCUUUUUGAAUCAAUUAGACUCAGGCACCGUGGCAACUAUACGUGCAUCGCUAGUAACGAAGCUGGCACCGUUAGUCACACCGCCACUAUGGUAAUUCAUGUACCCCCUCGAUGGAUUAUAGAACCUUCGGACAGUUCUGUAAUCAAGGGACGAGGCAUUGUUGUCGACUGUCAAGCGGAGGGGUUUCCUGAACCAAGAAUACGAUGGGCCAAAUCUGACGAAAAAGAAUCUCCGCUGAAUUUCAAACCAGUGGUCAGCAGUCCACAUCUUCAAGUUUUUGAAAAUGGGUCGCUGUCCAUUCAUAAUGCCAGAGAGAGUGACGUAGGCUCCUACCUGUGUCAAGCAACCAAUGGAAUUGGACAAGGCCUUAGCAAGGUUAUUAAACUACAUGUAAAAAUUGCUGCUAACUUUGAUACAAAGUUCAUGGCUGAAAUGGUUGAGAAAGGACAUAAUGUCAAAUUAAAGUGUCAUGCUCGAGGAGAUCAACCUAUCAUGGUCAUCUGGUUAAAAGAAAAACAAAACAUCAACCUGCAGGAGGACCCAAGAUACAAGCUGUUAGAACCAGUGAUGUCCUCUGGUGUUACUUCUGAGCUUCUUAUCCGCCAAGCUGAUAGACGAGACUCUGCCCUUUUCACUUGCAUCGCUUCCAACGCCUAUGGACAGGACGACACUAAUAUUCAGCUGAUAGUACAAGAACCCCCUGAUUCGCCUCAGAACCUACAAGUCUCCGAUCGGUCAAGCCGCACUCUUACACUCAGAUGGUCAGCAUCAUAUAGCGGCAACAGUAUUGUCACGGAAUACUUAGUUCAGUAUAAACACAAGUCUG